AUGCUAAGAAUUACAUGUGGACGGUUCAUACCUUCAAAUAGAAAAAGUGUUGGGACGAUAAAGGUUAAUGUAAGAAAUUAUGAAAUACCUUGUCAUUUGCAGAAAGUGAUGGAUGAUCCCGACCCUAGCUUUUAUCAAAUGAUUAAAUACUUUUACCAUUUCGCCGUUAAAGUGGUUGAGCCCACACUAUUUGAAUAUUUAAAGAAACAUGCACAUUUUUCUGAAAAGAAAAGGAAACAAAGAGUUGCUGGAAUUUUGAAGGUCAUGGGCUCUUGUAACAGUUCCUUGCAGUUUGAGUUUCCAUUGCAACGCAAAAAUGGCGAUUACGAGAUUAUCCAUGGGUACCGAUCACAACAUAGCGUACAUCGCUUGCCAUGUAAAGGAGGAAUCCGAUUUUCGGACCAAGUUAACUUAGAGGAAGUGAAAGCUUUAGCUGCAUUGAUGACAUAUAAAUGUGCUUGUUGUAAUAUACCAUUUGGUGGAGCCAAAGGAGGUAAGAAAGGAGUGGCAAUAAAUCCACGAAAGUUUACGGUAGCUGAGCUGCAGAGAAUCACGCGUCGGUAUACCCUGGAGCUCGCCAAAAAGAAUUAUAUCGGAGCAGGGAUAGAUGUGCCGGCUCCAGACAUUAAUACAUCGGGUCGAGAAAUGUCCUGGAUUGUAGAUACUUAUAUAAAAACUCUAGGAUAUCACGAUAUAAACGCAGCAGCCUGCGUUACUGGCAAACCCAUUAAUGGUGGUGGCAUCCACGGCCGUAUAGAGGCCACGGGACGAGGUGUCUUCCUCACGAUAUCGACAUUUAUACAUGAUGAGUACUGGAUGAAACUUAUCGAUUUACAGCCGGGCUUUAAGGAUAAAACUGCAAUUAUCCAGGGUUUUGGCAAUGUUGGCAGUUAUACAGCAAUAUAUCUCGAGGAGCACGGAGUGAAGGUCAUUGGAGUCCUUGAGAGCGACUGUAAUCUAAAAAAUCCCGACGGAAUUAACACAAAGGAUCUCCUUCAGUAUAAAACAAAGAAUAAGGGCAGUGCGAAGGGGUUUUCUGGCGCUUCAGAAACUGGCCCAGAGAUUAUGUUUGAAAAGCACGAUAUCCUUGUUGUGGCUGCUAUGGAAAAGACUUUAACGCAAGAUAACGCUAAUAAACUGAAUUGUAAGAUCAUUGCGGAAGGCGCCAAUGGACCUACUACCCCUGCCGCUGACGUUAUACUAAGGAAGAAGAAAGUUCUAGUCCUACCAGAUUUAUUAGCCAAUGCGGGCGGCGUCACGGUUUCUUACUUCGAGUUCCUUAAGAACCUCAACCAUGUAAGCUUUGGGAAGUUAAAUAUCAAGUUCUGGAGAGACUCUAAUACGGCCUUACUAGAUUCAGUAGAACAGUCAUUGAAGAAGGCGAAUAUUUGUGCCAAGAUCUCGCCAACGCCGAUAUUCCAGUCGCUGAUGUCGGGCGCCUCUGAAGAGCUCAUUGUCAACUCAGGCUUGGAGUUUACAAUGGAAAAUUCAUGCAGAAAUGUAAAACGAAGUGCAAUGCAACACAAUCUGGACUUAGAUUUGCGAACGGCCGCAUACAUCACUGCUAUCGAGAAGAUUUUCGUUACGUAUGACGAGCAUGGUCUAGCUCUU